AAGUUAACAAAAAUAAAUAUUUGGAUGGGGCAGGGUUUUGCGGUGUCAUCUCGGAAGCCCUUUUCUCGCUCUGCAACUGCAAUUGUGCUAUCCGUUGUAAUUCAUUCACUCACAAGCUCUUUCUCCACUCUCAGAUGAUGAUUCAACUCUGAACACUCAACACUUUCCCCCUUUUCCUAACGCCAAACCAAAGCAUCAAGUUGUGAUCUCUAUUCUCCCAAGGCAAAAGCAGAUAGGGUUUUAUUUUCUGAAGUUUUAUUUUUAUAACAAUGAUUGUAUCUGGGUUAAGUGGAACUCUCUCAAGAUGCCCCCAAUUACCUCCUGGUUGCCUAGAAUCACGCCGUGUUCGGGUCAUGGCCUUUUCUGUGGCCGGUAAAUGUACACAAAGGACAGCAUUUCCCAGAGUGGAAAGAACGAGUUUUUCAUCUCCUGGAUUAAAAUGCAACAGAAGACAAGUUCUAUUGGUCAGAAGUGCCAUGGAUGCUUCAUACGGUGAUAUGUCAAAUGAUUCUGCUGCUGUUUUCCCAAGAAUUAGUGUGAGCGAUCCAUAUAAGCGACUUGGAAUAAGCAAGGAAGCUUCUGAAGAAGAAAUUCAAGGAGCUAGAAAUUUCCUGAUUCAAAAAUAUGCAGGGCACAAGCCAAGUGUAGAUUCAAUCGAGUCAGCGCAUGACAAAAUAAUCAUGCAGAAGUUCUAUGAGCGGAGGAACCCAAAAAUUGACAUCAAUAAAAAAAUGAGGGAAGUCAAUCAAUCUCGAUUUGUUCAGGCUGUCAGAGGCAGAUUUCGCACUCCAUCCACGACAUUCAUUAUAAAAACUUCACUGGCAUUUUUGCUACUUGGUGUUCUGACUGUUCUCUUUCCAACUGAGGAAGGGCCAACACUUCAGGUAGCAUUAUCUCUGAUUGCCACAACGUAUUUCGUAUAUGAUCGGCUGAAGAGCAAGAUAAGAGCUUUGUUUUAUGGGGUUGGAGCAUUUAUCUUUUCGUGGCUGUUGGGAACCUUCUUGAUGGUAUCAGUAAUUCCUCCCAUUCCUAUAAUUAAGGGACUAAGAGCAUUUGAAGUGACCACAUCAUUGAUAACAUAUGUUUUAUUAUGGGUUUCGUCUACCUAUCUUAGAUGAAGAGCUAAAGCUCUGUAUCUUAAUUUGACUGCUGGGUUUGAUAGCAGAAGACUAGUUUUUUUUUUUAGUGGAAGUUUACAUAAUGUUAUGGCUUACCUUAUUUAGAUGUCACAUUAUAGUCUUUUUUGUUGAAUUGGCUUUUAUGUUAUUUGUUGUUUAAAUAUUUGAAUGAGCAUACAUACUGGAAUUUUGGAGGCAUGACAAUGAAUAUGACCAAAGCUUUUCUUGUUGUCUA